AUGGUAAUCCGUUUAUCACCAAGAUUAGCUCCUCUUCAAGUGAUGGUCAGUCAAAAAACGGAGUUUAAACCCCCUGAAAAUAUAUUAUCAGAAUCAAUAAAGCAUAUUCUUAUAACCGGACUGCCAGGUACUGGUAAGACUACCUUAGUAAAAAAAGUAAUAAAGCAUCUACUAGAGUCUAAAACUACCAACAUCGAUGGGUUCAUAACCGAAGAAGCCCGCAAUGAUCGGAAUCAACGCACAGGCUUUUACGUGCGGUUAAUUCAUUCAGAAAAAACUACUAUUUUGGCAGACAAAAAGAAACAACCUUUAAGUCCGGAUAUAAAAUACCUUGGAAGUUAUACGGUUUAUAUAAAACAGUUUGAGGAGUCCGUGCUAGAUAUAAUUUCAAAAUUUGAGAAGGGGAUUUUAAUAAUAGAUGAAAUAGGCAAAAUGGAAUUGUUUAGCAGAAACUUUGAGGAAGCGGUUACAAAAGCGCUUAAUAAGCCUGACGUACGAAUUAUUGCUACUGUUCCCACUAAGGGUCCAACUUUUGUCGAAAGGUUAAAAAAGGACCCUAAAUGUCACCUUUUAAACGUCACUAUCGACAACAGAGACUGCCUGGUAGAAACUAUACUAAGUUUAACACAUAUUAAUUAAACACGAAACUAAUAAAAAAA